CAUCAUGGCGGCGCUAAGGACUCGAAAAAGAAAUGGCAAUGUUAACGGCCUCGACUGCGCUGUAAAAACUGAGGAAGACUUCUCAGGUAAAGUUAAAAGAAAGGGUGAAGAAAGCGUGUACUUCAAAAAAGAUUGUAAGGAUAUUUCAAACGUCAUACCAUACAAAAGAGCAAGACUUAAAAUCGAUAAGAACCACAUUUCGAAUCAACUUGGUAGGUUGUUUUACGCCAGACCUUGUGAAGAACUGGCAAAAAAUCUUCUAGGGAAGUUGCUUUAUCGCAUCCUUGACGAUGGAGAAGUGUUAUGCGGAAGAAUAGUUGAGACUGAGGCUUAUUUGGGUGAGGUUGAUAAAGCUUGCCAUGCGUAUGGUGGUAAGAAAACUGAACGGUGUGAACCAAUGUAUAUGGCUCCUGGAACAGCUUAUGUUUACAUUAUAUAUGGAAUUUAUCACUGUUUGAAUAUCUCCAGUCAAGAAGCUGGUGCUUGUGUGUUAAUCAGAGCUUUGGAGCCGCUCCAAGGAUUAAGUUAUAUGAAAUCAUUCAGAGGGGUACGACGAAAAGAUGGAGGUAAUAAGCUGAAAGACUUUCAACUGGGCAACGGACCUUCCAAGCUUUGUCAAGCAUUUUGUAUUGAGAAGGCUAAUCUCAAUAAAGAAGACAUGGCAACUUCAGAAAGAUUCUGGCUUGAGGAUGACAGAAAUUUUCAUGGAAGUCAACUUACUAUUGUGACAUCAACAAGAAUAGGCUUAAACUCCUGUGGACCCGAGUGGGCCCUGAAGCCACUUAGGUUCUACAUUUUAGGAAAUAAGUGUGUAAGUGUUAGGGACAAGAAAGCUGAAUCUGAAGUCCCUUAAACAUACUAAAGAAAAGUUUUAAUGCAUUUUAUCUUUUCCCAGUUUGGUAUUGAUUGAGAUCUUAAGCUCAGUUUAAAGCUUAACUUUUUCCUGAGCUGAACCUGAUACCCUUGGAUUCACUCUUAGAGUGACAUAGACAGUAACAUAGACUUUAGUGGGGUAAGCAUACUGGGCUGGUAUCAAAAAAA